CCGGUAGCCGGUGUCACGUGGUUCCGGUGGGGAGGGGUGGGGGGGAGACUGGGAGAGAUUCGGGAGCGAGGUCGCGAGUUGGCGACAUCCGUGAUGAUGGUGUCCCGGUCCCAUCAUCCCCAGUAAUUGCUGCAUCCGAUUAGGACAAGAGAAUGCUGGAACCUUCGUCCCAGAGUCCAACCGAUGACGUAGAAUCCCCACAGGACAGCGAAUCCUGCUCGUCACCCCCUGCGGAGCCGUGUUCCGUCGAGAGCUCCGUGCGUAACUCCAGCCCCGUCAGCCAUGGCGCCCCGCUGCCGACAGACUCGCUCUGCACCGACGCCACCGCUUUUCCCGGUGGCCUCUCGGCUCUGGUGGCCAAGUUUGGUGAUGAUGGAAACAAUGAGCGUUUCUUCUCGGACGGGUUCCACCGCCGUCUCUCGACCCCGUACCCCACGGUUUCCACGUCCGCUCCAAACUUGGCCCCAUCUGCGGCAUCACGACACCGCACCGCCCUGGCCGGCGAUUGGCAUCUCCCGUGCGGGCCAUGGGAUGAUGGUGUUUCGUCCGAAGGUCCGCACGGGGAUCCUUCGGUAGAAUUCUGGCCGUCGGAUACAAUGGGUUUGGCGGUGGCAGUGGAGGCGGCCGAGGAGUCGUCGACGAGGCCUAAGAGCGGUGGAAUUUGCAGCCGGGGCAUUCACAUCGAUGGGCAACCCGUCCCUUCAGACGAUGGUGCCUCAUUUAAAGACCCACCCCAGAACCCUACGGUAGAACCCCUGCCAUCCGAUGACAUGGCCUUGGCAGUGGCGGCGGCGGCAGCAGCAGCGGAGGCGGCGGCCGAGGAGUCGUCAACGAGGCCCAAGAGCGGCGGAGCUCGGAGCCGCGGAAUCCACAUCGACCGGCAGCUCAUUCCCAAGCUGGCCGUGCAGUCUCAGCCGAGCGAGCUGCAGGAGCUGGGGGUGAGCGUCUACGAGCAGCGCGCGCUCGAGGCCGCCGUCCUGGAGCAGGUGGACCAGCAGCUGCACGCCGAGAGGAGAGCGCAGGAGGCGCUCGCCCUCAACGAAUACAAGUCCGUGCUCGAUGACCUGAGGUCGUGCUGUACCACGUUGAAGCAAAUCGACCAGGCGAUGGCGCGAGUGAAACCUCGCUUUCCUGGUGAUGCCAGCAAAGACUUGACGCGCCGUCUCGACUCGAUCAAACGGCAGAAGGAAAACAAGGAGAACCAAAUAAAGAAGCUGAAUGCCAAGCAGAAGAAGCUCCAGGCCAUGCUGGGCAGUGACGUCGUUCGGCAAUUGGAGGCCGAGCUUGGAAUGGAGGAGGUCGAAGAAGACGAACCCUCGGCACCAUUAUCCCUGGGCAGCCACUUGAUGCCAGCGCAGGAGAGCGAGUGGGACAUGCUGGUGCGCACGGGGCAGAUGACCCCCUUCGGCACACGCGUCUCUGCGGCGAACAACGACGGUGGCGCCGUGACGUCAUCGGCAGCUGCACCCCCACCGCCGCCGGACAAACCGCGCAGGCUGGCGCUCAGCGGCGACGCCAUGUCGGGCUUCGAGGCCUACAUGGCGGAGCAGGACCGGUUGCGGGAGACGAGGAAGAGCCGCGUCGCGGAGGCGCGGAAGCGACGGCGGAAAGCGUCGCGAGCGCUCGACGACCCGGGUCCGUCGCGCAGGAAGAGUGCCGGCGGGAGGGCCGGACAGACGGCUGGCGACGGUGAGCCGGGCGUGAAGAGGAAGGCCGAAGGCGGAGAUGGGUCUGGGGAUGACGACGAGGAGAGGAGGAGCCGGAGGAUCAGGCGGAGGAUGAGGCGGAUGUCGGGACAGCUCCAGGCCGGGGAGAAUGGUGGCGCGGCACGUGCCUUCGGCACAGGAGAUUGUGAUGAGGAGAGUGGGGAAAACUCGGACAGCAACGCUUCUGUCUCUGCAACCAAGGACACUUUGUUGGACCCAGACUGGUUGGCUGCGGGGGAAGAUGACGAUGAUGAUGACGAUGAGGAAGAAGAAGAGGAAGGUUCUUUGCAGUCUGAAAAUAAGGCCAAGAAAACGAGCAGACGACCCAGAGGAAAAAAGGGUCGAGUUGGACAGGGGUCACAGGGAGACGAUGGCGACGACGAGAAGUUCCCCAAGCUUCAGGGCAAGCGCUUCCAACGUCACCCGGACGACGGAGACAUAGAACAGUACAAGCAGCGUGUACGACGCUGGCACCGCGGCCGCUUGCUCGCCAAGAAGAAGCGCCUCGAGGAGGGACUUUCCGCGACCGAGUCUGAGGAGAGUGACGUGGAGUUUGAGGGCGGCUUCAAGGUGCCCGCAAGCCUCUGGCAGAAGCUGUACAAGUACCAGCAGACGGGCGUGCAGUGGCUGUGGGAGCUGCACGUGAAGCAGGCGGGCGGUAUUCUCGGGGACGAGAUGGGACUCGGCAAAACGGUGCAGAUCAUCGCCUUCCUGGCCGGGCUCAGCCACAGCAAACUGAGAACCCGGGGUCUCGGAUACCGGUACGAGGGGCUGGGCCCGUCGCUCGUGGUGUGCCCCACCACGGUGAUGCACCAGUGGGUGCGUGAGUUCCACACGUGGUGGCCGCAGUUCCGCGUGGCCGUGCUGCACGAGUCUGGCUCCUAUUCUGGGAAGAAGAAGGAGCGUCUGGUGGACGACCUUGCGAGUCGCGGCGGAGUCCUCGUCACGUCGUACUCGUGCGUGCGGCUCAUGCAGGACACGCUGGGCGCUCACCCGUGGCACUACGUCAUCCUCGACGAGGGCCACAAGAUCCGCAACCCGGCCGCCGCCGUCACCGUCGCGUGCAAACAGUUCCGCACGCCGCACCGCAUCAUCCUGUCGGGCUCCCCGGUGCAGAACAACCUGAAGGAGCUGUGGUCGCUCUUCGACUUUGUCUUCCCGGGGAAGCUGGGCACGCUGCCCGUGUUCAUGGAGCAGUUCUCGGUGCCCAUCACGCAGGGCGGCUACUCCAACGCCUCCGACGUGCAGGUGCAGACAGCGUACAAGUGUGCCUGUGUGCUGAGAGACACCAUCAAGCCCUUCCUCCUCCGCCGUAUGAAGGCCGACGUGAAAGUCAACUUGGCUCUUCCUGAUAAGAACGAGCAGGUUUUAUUCUGCCGGCUGACGGACGAGCAGCGCGCCGUUUACCAGAAAUUCCUAGACUCGCGCGAAGUCCAGCAGGUCCUUAACAGGGAGAGACAGGUCUUCACGGCGCUCAUAACGCUGCGAAAGAUCUGCAACCAUCCGGACCUGCUGACAGGCGGCCUGAACGCGGAGGACGACGAGCUGGCGCCCUCCGUCGCGACCAUCGCCAGCGUCGGCGGAGGAGGUGCGGACCCCACCUCCUCUGCCGCCGCCGCCGCCACGUGCGGCGCUGGAUUCGGCUACUGGCGCCGCUCGGGGAAGCUGCUCGUGGUGGAGGCUCUGCUGCGGAUGUGGCGCCGGCAGGGCCACCGCGUGCUGCUCUUCACGCAGAGUCGCCAGAUGCUGGACAUACUGGAGAAGUUUGUGCAGGGCGAGGGCUACUCCUACAUGAAAAUGGAUGGCACCACGAGCAUCGCCACUCGCCAGCCGCUCAUCGACAAGUUCAACAAGGACGAGUCCAUGUUCAUGUUCCUGCUGACGACGCACGUCGGGGGCAUCGGCGUGAACCUGACGGGAGCGAACCGUGUCAUCAUCUUCGACCCCGACUGGAAUCCGAGCACCGACACUCAGGCCCGCGAGAGAGCCUGGCGCAUCGGACAGUUGCGCCAGGUCACCAUCUACCGCCUCGUGUCGGCUGGCACCAUCGAGGAAAAGAUCUACCACAGGCAAAUCUUCAAGCAGUUCUUGACGAACCGCGUGCUCAAGGACCCCAGGCAGCAGCGAUUCUUCAAAGCCAAUGACCUCUUCGAGCUCUUCGCUCUCACCGACCCCGACUCGUCGCAGGGCACCGAGACCAGUGCCCUCUUUGCAGGCACCGGCUCGGACGUGCGAGUCCCGAUCAAACCGCAUCGCCCGCCGCACGCUUCCUCCGGCGAGCGUCACGGCCCGCACAACGCCGUGCCCAGACCAGGCAAACCGCACCGCUCCACCCAGCGGCGUCCUCCAGGCUCCUCCUCGUCAGCCUCUGCCGCUCCCCGGCGAUCGACCCCUCGCGAGGCGGCGCCCCCUCCCCGAGACCGUGUCAUCGAUGCGGACGCGACAAACGGCGUUGGCCUCAAAGGUUCCAGCAAAUCCGACCGAGCGAAGCCGAGCCCAGGAUUGGGGGAGACUCCUUUGCCGUCUCGGAACGGCGACGGCGGGGGUGGAGAGGCCGUGCCCGCGGGUGCGGCGCAGGUAACGCCGAUCGGGAGAUCCGCCGAGCGCGGCGAUGCGACGACGAGCGAGACGUCUACGGGAGGAGAUGCCAAAGAAGACGCCUCGGUGGUGUCGGAGGACAAGAUGAAGGCAUGGCGAGAAAUGGCGCGACGAUUGGCGGCGCGCCUGGCUUCCGGCGGCAGCGACUCCACGGCUGGCGGCGGCGGCGGCGCUGGCGGUGACGCUGACGUCAGCGCUCACCGCAAGCGCAGGGAGAAGCAGAAGCACGUGGAGGGCGCGGAAAGCGGGCGCAGGCGGGACGGGGACGGGGACGAGGGUGACGGGAGGUCGAAGAAGAAGCGGAAGGGCGUUCGCUUUGAGGGGGAGAGAAUUCCUCACCUGGUGAGGCAUGCGGAGUUCAAGGGGGCCUCUGCAGCAGGCGGAGACAAGGAGGAGCGAGAGGACCGCAGGAAGACCGACGACUACGUUCUGGAGAAGCUCUUCAAGAAGUCCGGAAUCCACAGCGCGAUGCAGCACGACGCGAUCAUGAACUCGUCACGGCCGGACUUCGCGCUGGUGGAGGCGGAGGCGACGCGGGUGGCGCGCGAUGCGAUGCAUGCGCUCCGCCAGUCGCGCCGGCACUACCGAUCGGCAAGCGCGGCGCCGCCGCCGCCGCCGCCCCAAGCGCGGUUUGGGCAGAGGAAGAAGCCCCUGCCGUUGGUGCCAGCCCAGGCCACUAAACCACAAUCGCAGAAGUGCAGGGAUGUGCAAGCUGUACCCAAGGACUCCCCGGUGCCCACGAGCUCGCAGACUCCACGGUUCGGCAAGAAGCCGGAACGAACAAAGGAUGAAGGAGCUGCAAGCGGUAGCGGUGGCGGCACCAGCAGUAGUAGCGGUGGCAGCACCAGCAGUAGUAGCGGUGGCAUCGUUGGCUGGAGCAACGCGAGUGAUGUCCCCAGCAGCCUGGGCAACCUGGAGUCCAACCUGAACCCCGUGUCCACGACGGUGCUGGCUCGCAUGCGCACCCGGAACCACCUGCUGCUGGCGCGGGCACUCGAGUCCACGGAGGACGGAGAGGAUGAGCAGAGCCAGGCGCCCUCCUCCUCCUCCUCCUCGCUGCCACCGAGCGAGUUCUCCGAGCUGCUGUCGGACCUGCGCACGUUCGUGGCGUUUGGCGGCGCCGAGGACGGUCGGGCGAGCACCCAGGAGCUGCUGCACACGUUUGAGCGGCGCGUGCCGCCCGAGCACUCGCCCGUCUUCCGCGAGCUCCUGCGCAGCCUCUGCACCUUCGAGCGUGACUCCACGGGCCUGGGGAUGUGGCACCUUCGCCCCGACUACCGCUAGCGCGGCCGUCCGUGCGUCCGUCCGUGCGUCUGUUCGUCACGGGGGGGCGGGGGGGGGUGGUGGUGGGGGUCAAAGCGCGCUUUCAGAAAUGCCGGGGAAAACCCCCGACUGGGCGGCCGUGCCCAAGCGUGACGCGGCUGAUAUCAUGCCGAUAGCGUCACCAGACCCCCGCCCAUCACUCCCUGUCCAGCGGCACACAUGGGAACAGUGGUGAGGCUUAUUUUUUCAACUGUGUUUUACGUGCCGUCUGAUUAGUCGAACUGGCAACCCGUGGCGACUUUGUUGUCAUCGCGACGCUAUUUAAGUAUUACAUUCUUGGUUCCCAUUACUCGACUCGCCCUCUGUUCUACAAUGAACUUCUUACGCACCGUACCUAGCCAACAGUGCUAAUCAGAGGGCCUGCCACUGAACCGGAGGCAGUGGAGGUAGGGGUUUGAUGACGUCAUCAGCAUCACCAGCCCACGUCAUGCUGGCCGUGACCCGCAGGGCGGGUUUCCCGUUUUCAGGAUGAGCGUGGGAUGGAAGCUACGUUUACCAAUCCGCCGUCUUCCCGUCAUCACGAUUGCGCAGCUGUCGUGUUGCACGUCGCUGUCGUGUUGCACGUCGCGCUCGUAUUGAACGAGCGCGUUUGUUUUCAAGUUUGUUGUGGGGACGCUGGCCUGUGCCGUUGUGAGUUAAGAAAUAUCAUGAAAAGAUUAUAAAGCGUGCAUCCGUUAGAAAAAUGAAACUUUUUUAAAGGGUCUUUUUCACCAAUUUCAUUCCGAUGGUGCCGUCUUGCAUCGUGCCGUCAAACGGCAAUGGCCCUGAUGGCACAUUGUUUGUUGUUGUAGUUAAUAGUUUAUCUGUUGUAGUCUCAUUGUUUAUGUGUUGUAGUUUCAUUGUCUCACCUUAACACGUUUACUGUAACACUAACUCACCAAGGGCACAGACUGAUUCACCAACCCUCCUCCGCUUCCCACAAUUCCUUGCGAUUUGUUGCUAUUUGGAGGUCGCCGUUUGGUCGAGGAAUGAAUUAUUUUGCGCGUCUCGUUUUUUUGUGUCUCCUUCCGUCAUUUGCAUGUCUCAUUUGCUUCGUUAUCCUGUGUGUGUGUAGUAUGCACCGGUUGCAUACAGUUUCUAUGAAUUGUACUUUAUAUACUCUUACACAUCUGAGUAGAUGGGUGUAUCAUAGGAGUGGGUGCGCCACACUUUGUCGCAAUUCGCGUGCGAUGGACUAAAUUGCGGGUACUUCCAUCGCUUCCAAGACCUCUGGCCAAUGUGGAAGAGUAGGCAAAAACACCCUCUAGAAGUGCUCUCUAGAGCUCACUCUGGUUGAGGCCGGCCUGCCAGGUGUGGAAGAAGGAAGCAAUCGCAGGGCUGAACUUUUUCCUAUCACCUUUUAUCGUGAGCAUUAAGAACCGUUUUUUAAACGAUGAAUCGUAUCAAUCUGUCUGUUUGUCACCGUUGUUGUGACCUGUAGCCCGCUGAUGGCCAAUGACUGCUAAUCACAGGUGUCGCUAAUAGAACCGUUGCAUUACUUGAGUUUUCCUCUCCGGUUAAUUUAUUUGCAGGGAAUAUGGUUGCGUGUAGAUUUUGGAGCAAACAUUGCUUGCGCUUGGUGCUAAUAAUAUUUCACAAUCCUUUGGCAAUCCACUGCUGGAUGAAGGCCUCCCCAGGAAACUUUCUGUCAUGAGGGCUGUCUCACCGUCCCGCACUUCAACAGUACACGUUGGUGGAUGGGAGAGAGUGACCCACGACUGGCUCAGAUGUCACUCGCCGCUGAUGUUAACCGUGACUGGGAAUUGAAAUCAAGCUGCCGAGUUAAUAGUGCAGUGCGCCAACCACUGUGCCACCGCUCCACCGUCGGUGCUAUUAUGGAGCUGUAAAUCUGCUUGUCUCAUGAACUUACUCGAUUCUAACCCGAUAUCCUUUCACUCGAACACAUCUGUCAACAUGAAUUUGAUCGCAUUAUUGGUCAUUGGUGGUCUCAGUACUUGUCCAAUUGUGAAGCGAAAUUUUACGAACACUUGAUGUGUCUUACUCGAGUUUUUUUUGUAUUACGGGUUUCAUUUUAUACAAAACAUUUAUAUACGGGAUAGUAAACAUUUUACACGGCCAUUGGUGGCUAUCUUGCUUUGACAGUAUUGGCUUUGCCAAAAAAUGCGGAAAUGUUUUCUGGAUGUUGUAGUUUGUGUGUAUUUAAAGAAAAAAUAAAGUAUAAUGGAUCAUC